AAAGCUGUUUGCCAACCGCCAAAGGAGGAGGAAGAAGAAGAAGAAGAACGGUCUUUGAACUUCUCGAAACAUCAUUUUUUGGAGUGUAUCGAUCCUUUUUUGUUGUUGAACAGAAAUGAAGUUAAAUAUUGAAGGGCUGUUGGUUUACUUUCCGUAUGACUACAUUUACCCUGAACAGUAUUCUUAUAUGCUGGAACUCAAGAGAACACUUGAUGCUAAGGGACAUGGUGUUUUGGAGAUGCCAUCAGGGACGGGAAAAACUGUUUCUCUUCUGUCCCUAAUUGUUGCAUAUCAGCGAGCUCAUCCCCUGGAGGUAACCAAACUCAUUUAUUGUUCACGGACAGUGCCUGAGAUAGAGAAGGUUGUGGAGGAAUUAAGGAAACUUAUUGAAUUUUAUGUUAAAGAGACUGGCAAGGAAAAUAACUUAUUAGCACUGGCUCUCUCUUCCCGAAAAAACCUGUGUAUUCAUCCAGAGGUCAGUUCACUGCGUUUUGGGAAGGAGGUGGAUGGGAAGUGUCACAGUCUGACUGCUUCGUAUAUUCGAGCACAACGCCAUAGUAACCCCAGCCUGCCAUCCUGCUGCUUCUAUGAAGAGUUUGAUGCAGUGGGAAGGCAGGUGCCAGUUUCAGCUGGUGUAUACAACCUGGAUGAUUUGAAGGAUUAUGGGCGUAGAAAGGGAUGGUGUCCCUACUACCUGGCAAGAUACUCAAUCCUUAAUGCAAAUAUAAUAGUGUACAGCUACCACUACCUCUUGGACCCAAAGAUUGCAGACUUGGUCUCCAAAGAGCUUGCUAAAAAGUCAGUGGUUGUCUUUGAUGAAGCCCACAACAUUGAUAGUGUGUGCAUUGAUUCCAUGAGUGUCAACAUCACACGCAGGACCUUGGAUCGCUGUCAACUCAACGUGGACACUUUGCAAAACACAAUUCAGAGGAUCAAGGAAACAGACGCAGCCAAACUCAAACAGGAGUAUAGACAGCUGCUGGAAGGGCUGAAGGAGGCUAGCGUUGCUAGAGAAACAGACGUCUUUCUGUCUAACCCAGUGCUGCCAGAUGAGAUUCUUCAAGAGGCUGUUCCUGGCAGCAUCCGCACUGCAGAGCACUUUAUAGGUUUCUUGAAGCGUUUCCUUGAGUAUUUGAAGGCCAGACUACGUACUCACCAUGUGGUACAGGAAAGUGCUCCUCAGUUUCUUAAAGACAUCUUUGAGAAGGUGUGCAUUGAUCGUAAACCCAUGAGGUUCUGUGCUGAAAGAUUACACUCCUUACUACGAACAUUGGAGAUUGCAGACAUUGCUGACUUCUCUGCUGUUACACUCAUCUCACAUUUUGCCACCCUAGUCAGCACCUAUAGCAAAGGCUUCACCAUCAUCAUUGAGCCCUUUGAAGAUAAGACUCCCACCAUUGCCAAUCCUGUGCUGCACUUCAGUUGUAUGGAUGCUUCUAUUGCCAUCAAGCCAGUGUUUGAACGGUUCCAAACGGUCAUCAUCACCUCAGGGACACUGUCUCCUUUGGAUAUCUAUCCUCGUAUUCUGGAUUUCCGUCCAGUCACUAUGUCAUCUUUCACAAUGACACUGGCACGAACCUGUCUAUGUCCCCUGAUUGUUGGACGGGGCAAUGACCAGGUGGCUAUGAGUUCCAAGUAUGAGACACGAGAAGAUUUUGCUGUCAUUCGCAACUAUGGCAACCUGCUACUUGAGAUGUCUGCCAUUGUUCCAGAUGGAAUAGUUGCAUUUUUCACCAGUUAUGUGUACAUGGAGAACAUUGUGGCCUCGUGGUAUGAACAGGGGAUCCUGGAAAAUGUCCAGAGGAACAAGCUCAUUUUCAUUGAGACUCCUGAUGCAGCAGAAACCAGCAUGGCUCUGGAGAAGUAUCAGGAGGCUUGUGAAAAUGGGCGUGGAGCCAUCUUGCUGUCUGUGGCUCGGGGAAAAGUGUCUGAAGGAAUUGACUUUGUGCAUCAUUAUGGACGGGCUGUGAUCAUGUUUGGGGUGCCAUACGUUUAUACACAGAGCCGCAUUCUCAAGGCUCGGUUGGAGUACCUAAGAGACCAAUUUCAGAUUCGGGAGAAUGACUUCCUGACUUUUGAUGCCAUGCGUCAUGCUGCACAAUGCGUUGGCCGGGCCAUCCGUGGAAAGACGGACUAUGGUCUCAUGAUCUUUGCUGAUAAACGCUAUGCUCGGGCUGAUAAAAGAGGGAAGCUGCCACGCUGGAUCCAGGAGCAGAUCACUGACAGCAGUCUGAACCUCUCUAUUGACGAGACUGUACAGCUGUCCAAGCACUUCCUACGACAGAUGGCUCAGCCCUUCAGACGGGAGGACCAGCUGGGUUUGUCCCUCUUAACAUUGGAGCAGCUCCAGUCUGAGGAGAUGCUCCAGCGGAUUACCCAGCUCGCUCACCAAUCCUGAGCUGCAGCCACCAGAGAUCAGUUCAAGCUCAUUCAUUCAGUGAAAAAUAUUGCUUUUGUACAUCUCAUCUUGCAUUUGUUGUUUUUCAUUAAUACAGGAUCGAAACGGCUUUCAUAGUUUCUUAGACCACCUUUAAUGGCUUUCCCAGCUGUAGCAAGUGCUUCAAGGAUUCAAGGAUUUAUAUUUCUGCCCUGUUAAGAACAUCAUUUUGUUGUCAAACUUUCCCCUUUCAGAAUGAUUAAACAUGAUCAUUAAGAACA